AUGGCACAACCCCAGACUCACGUUGUUCAUGGUAGCGAGCCAUGCCCGGCUCCAGAAACUUGGGUUCCCUUUGAAUGGGAGGAGCCCAAACGGGGGAAGCAGGUGCACGGAGAGGUCAGUGUCGUUCGUCCAUUCGGGAAGUCAGGCGCCCUCUCCGCGGGUCUCUGGAGGACUAGCGCGACCUCCCCGAACUGUAAGGCGGAUGGCUCCAACAUUGCGAACUAUUCCUCUCCUUUGGGGGACGAGACGGCCUGUGUUAUCGAGGGCACCGCCACUUUGACUGACCUCACCUCCGGCAAGAAAUAUCGAGUUGGCCCUGGGUCCAUCAUCAGCUCACCAAAGGGCGUCGAGGUAGAAUGGGCCAUUGAUGGGCCAUUCUUUAAGAAAUUUUGGUGCAUCUGGGCCGGUAGUUCUGGGCCGGUCCCAGGGGUUGCACACGAACUCCAAAUCAACCAUACCAGCGAUAACCCGAAAGAUUGGAUUGAGUAUCACUUCGAGGAACCCAAGGAAGGUCCCCUGGUGGCAGGCGAACUGUACUUUAUUCGCAACAGUGGCACCACAGGGACCAUGCUGAGCGGCGUCUGGCGCUCGGGGAAGGGCAUUGCUGCGUCGGACUUGCAGGCUGAUGGCACCAUGACCACACCUUACACGGGCGUAUUGGGGGACGAGACGAUUCUGCUGCUGGAGGGGGAAGUCGAGGUGGUGGAGACGGAGAGCGGGAAGAAGCACCAGUUCAAAGCGGGCGACGUAAUCGGGUUGACAUCGGGCAUGCACGUGACUUGGGUAUCCAAGGGGCCUUUCUCCAAGAAGCUGUGGAUCAUCACCAGGGACGAGCUCCCUACCCGUAAUUGA